AUGGAUUUACAGGCUAUUAUAGAUAUUGACGAGAAAGCCCAAAUAAUGCAAACAAAUAUUUGGGUACGCAUGAGUUGGGAAGAUAUUUUUCUGACCUGGGAUCCAGCAGAAUAUGGGGAUAUUAAAGAAGUUAGACUGCCAAUAACCUCUAUUUGGAAACCCGAUGUUCUUUUAUACAAUUCUGUUGAUCAACGUUUUGAUACUUUAUGGCCAGUAAAUGCUAUUGUUAAAUAUAAUGGGUCUGUUACUUGGAUUCCUCCAGCAAUUAUUAGAUCUUCAUGCAGAAUUGAUGUAACAUCAUUCCCCUUUGAUGACCAAACAUGUGCAAUGAAAUUUGGUUCUUGGACUUAUUCUGGAUUUUUUACUGAUUUAUAUAAUGAUUCUGUUUCUUUAGAUCCAUACACUCCAAAUGGAGAAUGGAAUUUAUUAAGUAAAGGGAAAAAUAAAAAAAUAAACUCUUUUUUUAAAAUAAAAGGUGUCCAAUCAGUUCGCAACCGAUUAGUUUAUGAUUGUUGUCCAGAACCUUAUGUUGAUGUUACUUUUCUUAUUUCUGUUAGAAGGCGAACCCUUUAUUAUGGUAGCUUUUAUUUUUAA